AAGCAACAUGGUUAAGUUUGCAGACUAAAAGUAUAUUAAACCUAACUGUAGGUUGUCAAUGUCACCUUGAAACAAAGUGAAAUGUCGCAGUAAGGUUUUAACAGCGCAGCGUUAGUUGGUCACACGAGCGAUAUACAUAAUUCUAUUAUAUACUUAUAGUGCAAUUGCUACCAAAUACUUUUUUAUCCUGAAUUUCAAAUUCAAAAAAUUUUCGGUUUCCUUAUAUAUUCACACAGUACUUUCCAAACUGUCAGUCAACAGCUCUCAAAUUUUUUGAAAGAGCGAUAAGCCCGUAUGCAACUCUGUGUAAAUAGAAACAGCUGCUUACUUUGACAAUACUUUUGUGUUUACAUAUCCGUGCAGUGCAUUUAUUAAUACACAAAUUUUAUUUGUAUUAUUGAAAGGUUUAACUUAUAAGCUGCGUCAAUUUAUUUGUAUUAAAGAAUUUAUAUAAAUUCUUCAACAUGGGACGCGCAGAAGUCGGUACACCGAAGUACCUUGCCAACAAAAUGAAGGCGAAGGGUCUGCAGAAGCUCCGCUGGUACUGCCAAAUGUGUGAGAAACAGUGCCGUGAUGAGAAUGGCUUUAAGUGCCACACAAUGAGUGAAUCACAUCAACGCCAACUCCUACUGUUCGCCGACUCACCAGGAAAGUUCUUGUUUAGCUUCUCUAAAGAGUUUUCUGACGGCUAUAUGGAGCUACUGCGACGACGUUUCGGCACUAAGCGCGUCAAUGCAAAUAAAGUGUAUCAGGAGUAUAUUUCUGUAAAAGAUCAUAUACACAUGAAUGCCACACGUUGGCUUACGCUGUCAGAUUAUGUUAAAUGGUUGGGACGUACCGGUCAAGUAACAGCCGAUGAAACGGAAAAGGGUUGGUAUGUGACCUACAUCGAUAGGAGUCCAGAAGCAAUGGAGAGACAAGCAAAGGCGGAAAAGAAAGAGAAAAUGGAGAAGGAUGAUGAGGAACGUAUGAUGGAGUUUAUUGAAAAACAAAUUGAAAAAACGAAAAGUAAAGAUGGUGCACAAGAGGAUGAAACAGAAAAAUAUACCGAACUACGGCGAGAAGAAGAACAGCCGCUGAAAUUGGAUAUUAGGCUGGAGAAAAAAUUCAAUCCGGACACAAAAUUAGGCCCAUCCGCCUUGAUAUUAAAACGGCCAAAAAUAGAAAGUCAUACCGAUAACGAUUCAGAAGGGGAGGAGUCCGAUGAAAUAGAAGAGAAAGUGUUCAAAAAACCCAAAACACCUAAAUUAGAUAGGAGAAAGGAUAGUAGCAAGGAGAGCAGUAAAUCAGCAUUAGAUGAAUUGAUUAAAGAGGAGGAGGCGAAGAAAGAGCGUGUCAAUCGCAAGGAUUAUUGGUUGCACACAGGCAUUGUGGUGAAAUUCAUUAACAAGGCAAUGGGUGACAAAUUCUAUAAACAAAAAGCUGUGGUGCAAGAAGUUAUUGACAAAUAUAGAGCGAAAAUCAAAUUCUUAGAUACAGGUGAUAAGUUGAAAGUUGAUCAGGCUCAUUUGGAAACCGUCAUACCAGCGCUAGAUAAACCAAUAUUGGUGGUAAAUGGCGCAUAUCGUGGCUGCGAAGCUAUAUUAAAAAGUUUAGAUGAACAUAAUUACUGUGUUACCAUAGAGAUCUCACGCGGUCCACUGCAAGGACGCAUUGUGGAAAAAGUACAAUAUGAAGAUAUAUCAAAAAUUUAUUAAGGAGAUACAAUUACGAAAAUAUUUUUGUACAAUUUAAAUGAAGUUGCUGUAAAUAGCAUAUAGACUACAAAAGUAGGAUGUUGAAGCUUAAAAAUAACACCUUGAAAUAUUUUAUAUAUUUAUAAAAUUUUUUUUAGAAUUUUCUGAAAGCAUUUGAAAUUCGAGUGUACUUGUAAAAUAAAUCUAUUGUAUACGUAAA